AUGGAAGCACUAGAAGAAAUAGUUCCCUUUUUAUCCAAAAGUGCGCGUCUCGAUCUAAGGGUUGUAUCGCUCUCACACGUGCUAGGUCUUACUGGCUCAGUGGAAGGUAUAAAACUGCUAGUUAAAAAUGAAACACUGCUGGAUAAUGUGCUUGACUUAACAACGGACGAAUCCGUAGCGAAGGAUGCUGUUUUGUGUUUCGUUAACAUCACUGCAGAAGAGACCGGUGCUGCUGUGGUAGUUGAUAAGCUCUGCGAACGAUUGGUUCCAAUAGCUUACGAAGCGGUACUGGAUGAAAGCUGCAAACUAAGCGAUGCCUGGUGCAUGGUGCUGUGCAAUAUCACCCGUCCCGAGCAUCUCGUCGAGCGGGUGUUGAACCGUUUGCUAGCGAUAGAGUUUGCCUUGGAAAAGCUAACCACGUGCUUUACGCGCAUUAACUACAACAAGCAAAAGUGCCAUCUUAAUUACCUCGGUCCACUGUUUAGCAACGUGUCGCAGAGUAAGGCGGGUCGAGAAGUGUUCUGUAAUCAGGUGACGGGACUGUUGAGACGGUUGCUGCCCUUCGUACACCACGAGGGCAGCAUUGUGCGUCGGGGUGGUGCUGUCGGUUUGCUUAAAAAUGUCUGCUUCGAUUCGUCCGUGCACGAAUGGCUGUUGAGCGAGGAAAUGAACGUGCUGCCGUUCAUCCUGUUGCCACUCGCCGGACCGGAGGAGCUGGACGAUGAGACGAACGAUAAGCUGCCAGUAGAUUUGCAAUACCUUGGGCCGGAUAAGAAGCGCGAGGAAGACCCAGAUGUGCGCAAGAUGCUGGUAGAAUCAUUAGCGCAGCUGUGUGCUACGCGUAAGGGUAGGUUGUAUUUGCGGGAACACGGUACGUACGAGAUUUUGCGCGAGUUGCACAAAUUUGAAUGCAGCCCGGAGGGAGACAAGGUUGUACUGAACGCGGUAGAGAACGUGGUGGACAUAUUGAUAAGAACGGAAGAAGAAAUCGGGGAGGAUAAUCUGAAGCAGCUGGAAAUUCCGGACGAUGUGAAAGCUAAAAUUGAAAGCAUGAGUGAAGAAGCUGAAAAAUAG